GUCCCCGACAUCGAACACCCUGUAUACCAACCUAAUUUCGUACGUUUGGUAAACCGCUACCGAAAAUAUCUCACAUCGUCCCAAACUCUAAAUAUAAUCGCACUAAAUAUACAUUUCCGAUGAGGCAGACACCGCCACCGUCGAUAAUUUUUAGUUUUUGCGCCAUGCCUUUUCGGUGAACGUCGCCCGAACGAAAAAAACACGCGAAACGUCGUACUUCAUUUUUCUCUCUUGUUUUGAAUAAUGACGAAUUAGCGGUGAAUUGUGUUAUUUCGAGACAAGUUACGCCACUGGUGACGUAUGGAGGAGCCCAAGGACGCGUCCGAUGGCGACAUCAAACCGCCCAGCCCGGUCCUAACCUCAAAAAUCGAGAAGAACGGUCCGGGAAGGCCGAAAUUUCGAGGCCCAAAGGUGCGCAGGCGCGAAAGAAAGUCUCUCGGUGACACGGUCAAGUGCACGAAAAUAAUCGAGGUCCUUGAUCCCCAAACAUCGCACGUGGUGGCCAGGAAGUCGAUAGCCGGUACUGAUAAACUGUUCUUCCUCAAAAUCUUCUCGAUCACUCACGUCAUCGCAACUUACCAGCUGCACAUCCUCCAAUUCCGAAAGGACUAUGGUCAGAUAAAGCGCUUGAUCAAGGUCUGUAUGUGCGAGUUGAUCCUGAUCAUGAUUCUGUGCGGUUUGGGAGGGCUCACCUUCAAGUAUGUCGAGGGUAAUUUUGAGACUUUUUACAAAUGCGGUGUGAAGAGAGUCAAAAGGGACUUUAUAGAUUUGCUUUGGACGAAGAGUCACAAUUUGAGGGAGGAGGAUUGGAAGUCUUUGGCCAGAGCUAGGUUGAGGUCCUUCGAGGAAGAACUGCACAAUGCGCACGAAGCUGGCAUGACUGAUUAUAGUGGGCAGAGGUCGUGGAGCUUCUUGAAUGGAAUAGUUUAUUCGUUAACUGUCAUUACGACAAUUGGUUAUGGGCAUAUGUUUCCCAAAACGCACACUGGACGAGCCUUGACCAUCGUGUAUGCCCUCAUCGGAAUUCCGCUUUUCCUUAUUGCCUUGACGGAUUUUGGAAAACUUUUUACCAGGGGCAUUAAGUUUCUGUGGUCCUUUGUCCGAAGACUAUACUAUACAGGGAGUUGUCGAAGAGUACGAAAAACUACAGGCGUCGACGACAUAUUUAAAGGAGCCCAGAUGAUGUACGACGUUGCGACCUUCCGAAGGCCGUCCAUGUUCCACAAUCCGGAAGAACAAGACCAAGAUCCAGAAAACCAAGCACCACCCACCGAUACUCCCACAACACCCGCCAUAUCCAAUUUUGAAAUCGACGACGAAUUCAACUUACCCAUAUCGGUAGCCCUUUUCAUUUUGGUGGCCUAUAUUUUCUGCGGCGCCUGUAUCUACAUGGUCAUUGAAAACUGGCGGUUCUUCGAGGCGUUCUACUUCGUGUUCAUAUCCAUGUCGACCAUAGGUUUCGGCGACUACGUACCAAGAUCACCAGCUUUCAUGAUAAUAUCUAUUAUCUAUCUGGUCUUCGGACUUGCGUUGAUGUCCAUGUGCUUCAACGUUGUCCAGGCUAAACUUAGCGACACUUUUAAGCAGGCUUCUGCCAAAAUAGGAGCUACAAUUGGUUUGGAGGUGGAUGAGAAUGGUAGCGUGAUUACGACGUCUCCCGAUAAGCCAGAAGCUCCUCCAAUACCAGAACCUGUUGCAGGUUCAAACUCGAAAAUGUGAUGAAAAAGUACUAAAUAAGUCAUAGAGAAUGAAAAAGGGUUUUGCAUACUUUGAUAGCCACGUAUAGGUACCUCAUUACCCUCAUAUUAUGUAAAAAAACUGAAAUAAAAUUCACAAACCAAAAACGCAAUAUAGAACUUUUUCGGAAGCCUGAAUCACCCUGUAUACGGUAUUUGAUAUAAAUUACAUCUUAAUUUAACUUGCAUGGCUGAACAUUGUUUAUAAUAGAUUUAUAAACUAAUAAUAACUUAUAAAUGAAUUGUACCACUACUAAGUUAUUAGUAAAAUCCAAUUAGACCUAUCUACAAUACCUAAAUAAUGUAACAGCGGUUGCUUACAUUAUGUUUAAUAUUUUUCUUCCUUUCGAAACAAAAUAUAAAUAGAAAGUUUUUAUUUAUCGAAUUCAGUAAAUAUUGACAGAAAUAAACUUUUUAAAUAAUUCUAUAUUUAGCUGGUACUAUCAAGGUCGUACUAUUGCAUAUAUUUUUCAUCAUAUAUCUAGUACAGAAACAGAAACAAUUUCAUUUUUGGGUUAUUUAAAUAUUUCAUUUUAAAAGUGAAUAAAACAUCGCUGAUUGAGUGAGUACAUUGUGAUAGAUUAUUUUUAUAUUUAAACCAUCCUAUAUUAAAUCCUUGUAUACUUACUUAAAUGUAUUCAUAAAAAAAUAUUAAAUUUUGCAAUUUUUUAUACAUCUAAUUCCCCUUGUUGAAUGUAUAAUUGUCUUAAAAUAGUGUAAAUAAUUACUUAUCGUAAACAAGUUUAUCAGAUCAGUCACUGUAAAUAGGAGCCUAAAUAUAUUUAGAUUUUAAGCAUUUUAGACAUAAUUUUUGUUGUUGAGAAGCUCAAUUUUAUUAUUUACUGUGUUAUUCUAUGGAUAUAUUGUUUUUUUCAAUAAAUUUUAAAUUUGU